CACUAAUUUAAAACACUCUGGCAACCCUCACUCACAAAAUGUCCGACGGCUGCCUAAAAGACGAUGUCAGCGAGCAGCGUUGUAAAAGGUUGAAAAUUGACAAUGAAAACGGCAACAAUCUAAAUGACAAUCAGUUAGAAUUGAAAGACUUUGUUUUGGAGAAAAUAUUGAACAAUAACACUAACAGGAAAACAGCUUGUGUGGUUGGAAAAUUCAAAGACAAAAGUGGCGUGGCGCUAAUCCUAUUCGAAAAAAAUGCUUUCAAGGAAAAUGACCUAAGUGAAGAGGGUUAUUUCUCCAAAGAAACUCAGCUGAAAACGUUUUUCGAGAACGAUAUUUACGGAAACUUCGAGUGUUUCCCGCCUUCGACUAUAAACGGUGUGAAAACUACAAUAAUCUACCCAGCCACUGAUAAGCAUAUUGCCAAAUUUAGCCAGCAAGAAGUUCAUAUUGUGCUGGAAACUCCAGAGCUAUAUAAAAAACUGACAUUGCCUCAUCUCGAGAAAGAACAGUUCAAUUUACAGUGGGUGUACAACAUUCUAGAAGGUAAAAGUGAGCAAGAUAGAAUUGUACAUGACAAUAAAAGUGAAAAGGAAGGAUUUGUGCUCCUCCCCGAUCUGAAGUGGGACGGUCUUACCAAAGAGACAUUGUAUUUAUUGGCUAUUGUCAGACAAAGAGACAUAAAAAGCCUUAGAGAUUUGGACGAGCAGCAUUUACCAUUGUUAAAGAGGAUUAGAGACGAGGGAAAGAAAACCAUUUUAGAAAAAUAUCAGGUGCCUGGAAGUCAAUUGCGUAUAUAUCUGCAUUACCAGCCUUCUUUCUACCAUCUGCAUAUCCAUUUCACUUAUCUACGCCACGAGGCCCCUGGAAUCUAUGCAGAGAAAUCACAUCUACUCGACACCGUCAUUGACAACAUUACAAUGAUGCCCGACUAUUAUAAGAAAGCCACAUUACCAUUCACCAUAAGAGAAAUGGAUAGUAUUUUUAAUAUAUAUGAAACAAACGGACAAGUCAAACGCAUACAAAACGCCGAUCUAAUUGUUAAAUAGAUAAUUUUUAUAGACUAAUUAUUAAGUGAAAAUGUUGAUUGACAACGUUUUUAUGGAGCUACGCUCGCGUUUGCGUAGCUGCAACGUUUACAUAACGACCGGUGUUGAUUUUACUAAAGAAAAUUGCAAUUUGAAAAUUAGCAUACAAUCCGAUUGCAUUGUGUUAAAUUGUUAUAUUGAAGAUUUUGGUAGCAAACGGAGAGAUAGUCUUUCUUCAAUCGAGAGUUUAUCAGAUUCAUAUGAUGAAACAGACGAAGAGCUCGAUGUGUCCACUUAUAUACCGAUAUCAGAAUUUUGUCAUAUAAUUCCCAAUUCAAUGUCAUGUUUGAGAAUAGACAAAAAUACAGUUUCGUUCAGAAUUCUAACCGAACCAAAGAAUGGUGGAAAUUUUUAUACAGAAUUACUUACCACUGGAAAACCUGAAAAUUCUGUGAAGAAACAGAAUCUAAAAAUCAAUAUAAAAAUCAGUGAAGAAUUGAAAAUUGUUUGCUCAAACUGUUCAAAUGUUUUAUCUGAUGGUUGUGUCAAAUUUGACAGGAUUUUAGAAUUGCCUUCAGCUAAUUUGGACAUGACAGAAUGGUUCUGUCAUGGACACGACCAUGGAAAUGUGGCAGAUGUAGUUAUAAAACAAAAUAAAUUAGAUUUCCUAUAUCGAUUAACAUAUUUCGUUAUUGAUCAAUCAAUCUUAUCAGAGAAAUCGAACAAAUUUAAUUCUAAAAGGGAGGUAUACCAUUGCAGCCGCUGUUUGGCUUGGCUCGGUCUCAAAAUCAAAGACACUGUCAGACUUUACAAUUCUGAAGUUAAAGUACACAACAAUGAAAAAGAAGUACAUAUAUUUUCUUACGAAAACCAACCUGAAAACAUACAUGUAAAUGAUUUUAUACAAACAAUAGAAAGUAUAACUGAAGAUUUUAAAAUUGGCUUCCAAUAUGCAGUGAUGUGUAAAAUUGUAUUAGAAUGCACAAUAUCAGCGGCUAAAAAGCAAUAUCUCUUAAUCUGGAUAAUGGAUAAAGAAUUACAAGUAUUGAAGAACAAAGAAAACGUUACUAACAAUAAAAUUGAAUUGAAAUCUAGUUUUGUUACGAAAAUACUUUACAAAAUUGAGUUGGCGUUGAAUGAUGAAGUGGAAAAUUGGUUAACGGACCCAGUUGUGGUUAAUACGGAGAUCUCUAAGAACAUGUUCAGUGAAGGCAUCGAACAUUUGCAAAAAAUGGCAUCGAAAGUUCCAGAAUCGUUCCGUUACUCCAACGGUUUUCAUGUCAGUUACUUAAAAAUUUAAACGGCAUUAAAUUGGGAAUUCCAAA